AUGCACAUCCCCGUGUUGCAGGGGAUUCCCAGCGGCUUGGGCGUGGAUGCCGCGACCUGCGUCGGGCUGUACAAUGGAGAGACUUGCACUGCGGGCUGCGUGGCUCCCUUCGAAGGUGGUCCUGUGAACCUGACCUGCAAUCCUCUCUCGGGGCAGUUGGAGGGCCCCGUCUUGGAGUGCAAAGAGAAGGUCUGUGAGGUUGCGCAGCUGCCAUCAAACUACAGCACGGCGGAUUGCGCAGCAUGGUCGCAGAUUCUCCGGCCUGCAGAAGCUACACGGGUCAGGACGGGACGGCUCUUCUCUGCCCACGAAAAUGGGAUGUUUGACUUUUGCCCCGACCUGGCGGAUGGCACUUUUGCUGGCACCCUUCCCAGCUGUGAACGAACGCCGUGCAUGCCAGGUGAGACCUGCGAAAUCACAUGCGCAUUGGGCUUCGAAGGGAGCGCAUCAACCUACAGCUGCGACAUGGCGGGUGGCUUCACAGGCACUCCGCCGAGUUGCUCUCCGAAGAGGUGUGACGUCCCGGCCGAGUUCUUUGGCAGCGUGAGGUACAACACGAGCUGUGACGGCGUGAGGCACGGGCAGAGCUGCAUGACCAAAUGCAACCAAGGAUACUCCGGUCUCCCUACGCAGCAGCGCUGCUUCAACGGUAUCUUCAGCGGUGUGCCGCCAAGCUGCUCGGGCAACCCCUGCUCGUUCGAAGGCUUUCAGCUCGGCAAGGGGGUCAACGCUUCUACCUGCUUCGGUCUCGUGACACGGGAGACGUGCACGCUCAGCUGCUUGCGGGGCCAUACCAUUGAAGGAAACGACCUCGUCUUGACGUGCCAAGCCAGCGGCGAGUUCACCGCCACAGAUGCCGUGUGUGUACCUGCGCAGUGUGGUGACCUUACCUUGGUCUCGCCAUUUUCGUCUCCUUCCGUAGAUGAUUCCUGCUACGACGGAAAUGUCAACAAGCAGUUUGGUGAGGUCUGCUUCGCCUUCUGCGCUCCAGGGUAUAGCCUUGACAGCAAUGCCACACUCCUCAUGUGCGAGGAGGCGCCUGAGAGCAGCGCCGGCUUCAAGGAAAUGGCAGGAGCUGCGACACACGAUGCAGAGAUGAGCUCUGGGCCCACGUGCACGCCGAAGCCCUGCGUCCGGGGGAUACCCAAUAUGCGGGGAACGAGCAGCGACUGCCUGGGCAAGCGCACUGGCGAAGCGUGCACCAUUAGUGCCGACCUGGGCUUCGAUCUCUUCGGCAGCCCAUCUCUGCAGUGCCAGGUCGAUGGCUCCUUCACCCAGGACCUCCCGACUGUCUCGCCUGCGGUGUGCCCGACACCCAACUACGAGUCGAGUGUGGGAAGCACAUGUGACAACAAGACAGUGGGUGCAGACUGCUGGGCUUAUUGCAACCCUGGCUUUGAGGGUCGGCCGAAGCCCUACCAGUGCCGGGUGAAUGAGACGGCCGCUGCCGUGCAGAUUGAACAGAUGGAAGACACCAUCAACUGUACCAACAUCAGCCUAGGCACAGAGACCAACGACACCAACGACACCAACGUCACGGGCGGCCGUCGACUUCAAACCCUGGACCCUUGUGGCAUUGCAUCCGUUGCACAGGUUGGCUUGGAUGGAAUCGCAUACUUCCACGACUGCACCGGCAAGGUGCACGAUGGUGUGUGCAUCGCACACUGCGCACAGGGAUGGAACAUGACGGAGCCCGAGCCCUCCAUCUUCGUUUGCAAGAGUGGCUUCUUAGUCGGCGCGCUGCUGCCGACAUGCAUUCCGCUGCCGUGCAGCUAUGCCUUCCCAGAUGCUCUCGGAGUGCGGCAUGAUUGCCUGGGUGUUCGCUCCGCGGAAACUUGCCAGGCGACGUGCACCGAG